UGGUCGGGAAGGAGGAAGAUGCGAAGGCCAUGGAGAACAGAUAGGGGACUUUACAAACCAUCCCACUGAUGAGAUUAAUUUGGUGAAAUUAAUCAUAUAUAUUGGGCUCGUCGCGGUUUGGAGGUCGAGUGGAAGGUCUGUGGAUUAUUGCGCACUGGUCAGGCCGGUGUCGGCAUUUUUCGUUUUGUUUGAUGUGUCGUGUCGGAUCGUUUGAUGUGAUGUCGGGCCCGCCGCGCGGAUUUGUAGGUGAAGUCACUCCCUAGAAAUGUAGCUCGGGGUUACAACACGGACAGAGCUAUCACUGAAGGUAUUGCUGUGUGGACGAUGCCCAAGCGAUGUCUGAUGUUGAGGCCACGUACGCAGACUUCAUCGCCUCUGGCAGGACAGGACGCAGAAAUGCCAUGCACGACAUCCUGCAGAGUCCCACUGACCCCGAGGGACGAGAGCUGCCCCUCACCCUCUCUCUGUCCCAGCUGCACAUCAACGCAGGAGGGGGAGACGGAGAUGACACUGAUGACAGCCAGAGCUCCUCCUCCGCCCACAGGAAGGCAGAGCAGAGGAACAGCUAGCCUGCCCGGCAUUCCUGCCGUUAGAUGGAGAGUUGCGAGAGGGAUUCCAGCCGCCAGCGUGACGACUCCGUUCGUCCAGAGCAGGCUGGUUGUUGGAGGGUAGCAUCACUGCAGCUGAGGUGCCUAUGAGCAUGGCGUUGACCCCUGAAAUCCAGUGUAGAGGUGCUGUGCGGUGAUGUCUUCACACAGUGCUCUCAUGCUCCUGUGGCUCUGCUGUGCACUAGUAUAACAGGCUGAUGGCAUGGUGUGUUUUUCACAGUUGAAGUAAGCAGAGGGACACAUCUAUAGCUCUUUUACAGCUGAUUAUAGUUUCAGUCAUAGUUAGCACACAAACAGGCUGGAUGACUGGAGGAAAAAGAGAAAUCAGACAGAGUCUUAGUGGGUUUUGUACAUUUGCAGGCAGUUUGUUAGAGCACCGAGACGUGCUGAUGUGAUGGCUCACAGUGGGAGUAGCAUGGUUAGUAGUGAUGGUGGUAGAGAUUAUAUUGCCAGUUAAUGGCUUGUGCUUCCUUUUUAAAUUGAGAAACACUGAACAAACACACACACACUACUUUAUACGUGUAAAGGUGUGUUCACUGACUCUGUUGUGUUCGAAAGGACACAACCCGGUAAUAUAUCAUGUGUGUGAAACUGCAGAUUAUUGGACGGCACUGAGUUGGUUGUGUGAGUGUUCUGUUAACCAUUAAUACACAUACAGUGAGCAUGGUGACACUUUUUAAUAGCUCGAGAAGAUAAAAGAUAGUGGUGUACUUUCUUUCAAGAUGUUUAUACUUUAGUUUUUGUAUUACUCUUCUAUUAAUGGCAUUAUAAUCACAAGGAGUUGGACAUUUUAGAUAAUUAGCUUGUUUUUUUUUUUAUCUCUGACCGAGAUGUAGAGGAGAGGAUUGAUAACGCUUUCUUGUCAUCAGAGUCAUUCAGAGGGUUAGCUUAGCAUAGGUUUUAACUAGCAAGUAGCUAGCCUAGCCUAGCGUUGUCUUGGAAUAAGAAAAUCUGCCAACCCGCACCUCUGAAGCACAUUAUUUAGAUUCACAGAAGUUAAAUAAUAACUACUAUAAAUGAACACUUAAAGCUAUCACUGUAAUUAAAUGGGGAAAAAAUGAAGGUUAGUUAGCGUUGGAGGUGCUGAAUUAUGUUUACUUAAGACUGAGCCAAUAUACUUUUUCAAUCUUAAUAUUAAGCUAAAGCAAAAUCUGUACAUGUGUGGUAUAAAAGUCUCUUUUGAUUCCUCCUGUACUGUACUUCUAUUUUAUUUUCUAUUUUAUUCGAGUAUUCGUUUGCCUGCAGAUGAGCCACAUGUGUUCCUACUUUUUCCAUUUUAUUUUUUUAUUGUGUUCUUUGGUUUCAUGAAGGUUAUUUUAAGUGUUUAGUACAACAAUUGUUCAUUAACGACCAAUAAGCUAGGGAGGCUAGUAAGGGAAGAUAAGCUAACCUGCUGCUGGCUCCUG